AUGUUAAGCAGAGGAAUACUAUUUUCUAUCUAUCUAUCUAUCUAUCUAUCUAUCUAUCUAUCUAUCUAUCUAUCUAUCUAUCUAUCUUGUUCUGUACAUAUUUCGCUCUCAUUCUAUACAUUAUCUAUCUAUCUAUCUAUCUAUCUAUCUAUCUAUCUAUCUAUCUAUCUAUCUAUCUAUCUAUCUAUGUUGUUCUGUACACAUUUCGCUUUCAUUCUAUACAUAUCUAUUGCUCUUCAUUUUUCUUAUUUUUUUCUUUUCUCUCAUCUUUUGAUGUUUUUUGUCUAUCAUUUCUUGAUUUCUUUGAAUAUCAAACCUCUUCCUUUUUCUUUUCUUCUCUAUACAACUGCAGUUCAAAAUGUAUGUUUAGCUUCUUUCUUUCUUUCUUUCUUUCUUUCUUUCUUUCUUUCUUUCAUUCCUUAUUUCUAUAUCAUUCUUCUUCCUUUGAAUAUUAAGGCUUUUUUCUUUUUCCAUAUUUACGUUAUUUUUAGUAUCUGUUCAUAUAGUUUCUUUCUUUCUUUCUUUCUUUCUUUUUAA